AUGAAGAAGCCGACUGGCGACAAUCUUGGUGGAACAGGAUUUAAUUUCAAGUCAUAUGGAAGUUUUCCAGAUUGUGUGAAAGAUUCUUCUAUCCAAUGUCCUACAAAGUAUAUUAAUUAUAAGCAAUAUUGUGGUCCAGCACGUUAUGAAUUCUUUAACCCUACAAAGGCAGAUUUUGCACCAUAUACUUAUCUUUUUGACUUCGUUAAUCUUACGUAUCCAUCUCGUGUUUGCCCUGAUGGUACUGCAAUUUUGCCUGGGGCUUCUUUUUAUAUCAAUUGGUAUGAAGUCUGUGCCCCGUAUACAUGUGAUAAGUAUGAUAGUUAUACAUUGAAUGUAACACAUAAUGGAAAUUCAAAGAUAAUAACAUGUAACAAGAACAACGUCGGUGCACAAUUCACAUAUGAAGUUCCAACAUCAUGGGGACAGGGUAUAAGAACAGCAACAUGCGUUUAUCCAGAAAUAUUCUGCAGAACUGUAAAACUCCAUGAUAUGAACUUUGUUGCUGAUCCAUUUGACCUUAACACUGUCCAGCUUGAAGAUCCAUAUAAAACAUCAAUAUCCACUCCUACACCACAGACUCCAACACCAACUCCACAGACUCCAACUCCGAAGACUCCAACGCCACAAAUACCAACUCCAACUCCUAAGACUCCAACGCCACAAACACCAACUCCAACUCCGAAGACUCCAACGCCACAAACACCAACUCCAACUCCGAAGACUCCAACUCCAACACCACAGACUCCAACGCCACAAAUACCAACUCCAACUCCUAAGACUCCAACGCCACAAACACCAACUCCAACUCCGAAGACUCCAACGCCACAAACACCAACUCCAACUCCGAAGACUCCAACUCCAACACCACAGACUCCAACGCCACAAAUACCAACUCCAACUCCGAAGACUCCAACUCCAACACCACAGACUCCAACGCCACAAAUACCAACUCCAACUCCUAAGACUCCAACGCCACAAACACCAACUCCAACUCCUAAGACUCCAACGCCACAAACACCAACUCCUACACAGAAGACUCCGACCCAAAAUUCGCCAACAGCUAAAUCCGAAAUAACAAAUAUUCCAAUCGAAACAAGUUCAUCACCACAAAAUCCAGUUGUAGCACCAUCUGAAAAUGACAGAGGAAAGAGUAGUCCAAGGGGCAAUGAUGAUUCCAAGUCAGGAUUAGGCUCUAAAGGACUUUCAACAAAGAUGUUGAUAAUCAUUUGUGCAGUAGCUGCUGGCGUUGCCCUCAUUAUCACUAUUGCUACUGUUAUUGCAUGCAAGGCCAAAAGAACAAUGGAACAUUCAAGUGAUGAUAUCCUUCAUGAAGAAUUCCUUGUCUAA